AUGUUAAAUGUUAAUGGUAUGAAUGAUUUUAGUAAGAGUUUUAAAGAGUAUAAAUAUGGUGUGUUAAUGAAGGUAGAGUAUCACAAUUCUUACAACCUUCUAACUACCAACACCACAGCUUCAUCAGCUAUACCUGAAACCAAAAUGAACAAGAUCUUUGCCGUCGUUCUCUGUUUGGCCUUUGUAUCCAUGGCCUUGGCUGGUAACCCCCUGAUGAUGGGUGGUUUAGGAAUGAUGAACCCCUACAUGAUGGGUAUGAUGAACCCCUAUAUGAUGGGUAUGAUGAACCCCUACAUGAUGGGUAUGGGAGGUUUAGGUAUGAUGGGAAUGAUGAACCCCUACAUGAUGGGAUAUGGUGGACUCGGUAUGCUCGGUGGUUACGGUAUGAUGGGCGGUCUUGGUAUGAUGGGUAAAAAAUAAGGUAAAAUGUAUUCCGUUUUAACUUAUGAUUAGUACGCCGAUUCAUUUUGUCAUUUUAAUUUGUCGUUGAGCCAAACACAAUUAGCUAGAUCACACUCUGUAUUUUGAAUGGUUAGUUUGAGAGAAAAACUAUGAAAGGUAGCAAGGAUAAGAGGACAAAGGGCUGAUGGAUACUUUCUGAUUUAGUAUAACAGCGUAUAGUAUUUUUGUAUUAUUUUACUUUCAGAUUCCAGUAAUCAAUGGUGAUUCUAGAAUUGAAAAAAUGGAAAUAAAUGAUUUUGUUACAAAAUAU